AAAACAUAAGGAAUUGAUGGCUAUUCGUCGACAACAAAAUACUUGCUCAACAUUCUUAAUGUUACGCUGUAUAUGUCAGCAGAUAAUGACAUUAACGAAUCACAGUAAUUAUUAUUGUGAAGACGAUUUUAGGGAAAGAAAAUACUUGUAAAUAGUGUCUAUAACAAAUAUAUAUAUAUAUAUCUCCUAGUAUAUAGGAAAUCAUUUAAAAGAAAAUAUCUGUUGAAUUUGCAGAAAUCAGUGAAUAUAUUUUUGUAGCAUACUAUAAUUAAAUCAAGUACACCAUGGUUGGAUUCAAGCCUACCAAUGUACCACCCACUGUUGGUGUGAAAUUUGUGGCUGCUGGUACUGCAGCAUGUAUGGCUGACAUGGUCACCUUCCCAUUGGACACUGCAAAAGUCAGAUUACAGAUCCAGGGUGAAACUAGCGGCAGUAAUAAAAGCAAAAUUGCAGUGGGUAAAAAUGCCAAUGUCAAACCUUUAUAUCGGGGCAUGUAUGGCACAAUUAUGACUAUUUCGCGUCAAGAAGGGGCACGGGCACUAUACAAUGGUCUGGUGGCUGGUCUGCAUCGGCAGAUGGGUUUCGCCUCAGUGCGUAUUGGUUUAUACGAUUCUGUCAAGCACUUCUAUCAAAAUGCCUCAUCUCAAGUUCUACCUGGUGGUUCCAUUGUACCUAGAAUCUUGGCUGGUAUCACUACUGGAGGAAUAGCAGUCACUAUUGCACAGCCUACAGAUGUUGUCAAAGUACGUCUCCAAGCACAAACUGGAACAGAGAAACGUUACCAAGGAGCCAUGCUUGCAUAUAGAAAAAUUGCACGUGAAGAAGGAAUAAAAGGUCUAUGGAAAGGCACUGCUCCAAAUGUUACCCGCACUGCUGUCGUCAAUGCUACAGAGCUUGUAUGUUAUGAUUCAUUCAAAGAAAAGAUAAUUUCCAUGAGGCUGAUGUCCGACAAUCUUCCCUGCCAUUUUGUUUCUGCAUUCUGCACUGGCUUUGUCACUACCUGUGUGGCCUCACCUGUAGAUGUUGUAAAAACUCGCUUCAUGAAUUCUAGCGAAGGACAGUACAAAAGCGCUAUGGACUGUGCUGUACGCAUGUUCAAAGAAGGGGGAACAAAAGCUUUUUUCAAAGGAUUUAUGCCUUCAUUCAUGCGACUUGGCUCCUGGAACAUCUGUAUGUUUGUCUUCUACGAGCAGUUGAAGCGUGGAUUCACCCACGCCACUAUAUCUUGUAGCAAUAAUAAAAAUGCCAUAUAAAUAGAAGAAAAAUGCACUACUGACAGCAAAUGUACAAGGCACAUCUCAUUUCUCCUUUCAUAAAUAGAGCUUAGACAUUAAGUAGAACAUUCAGCAGUACUUGUUAGCUUUAUUGGUGUUGUAUGAUCAGAUUCUUUUCAAGUGUUUUUCUUUUAAGCCUUACCUGCAUAUCAUCACUGACAGCAGUUACUGCAGAUGUUGCUAAAAUAGCAGAAUCCGAUGUCUUUUAAUGUGAACAAGACAAAUCAAUGAUAACGUGUAGGUCUCUGCCAAACGUGAAUAACACUGCUCACAUGCUGUGAAAUAACUACUUUUGCCUUCAUUUACAAUUAUUUAUAUUUCACGCAGCAUUACGUUCAUUGUAACUAAUGUCAAUUGUUUCAGACUAGCCGAUGUCUGAAGUGUUUUGCAUAUUAGAUGUUUUUUUGCAUGUUAGAUUCUUAGAUUGAUGAUGCGCACAAAAAGCUGAAAAGUUUCCUGCUUUGAAAUUACAAAAGGAGGAAUUUUUAAAGACUUUAUAAACGUUUCAAACAGCACCCUCAUGCUGUCUUUAAAUGAUGUUUUUAUACGUAGAACUUUUUUUUCUUUCAAUUCGGCCCUUUUUGAACUUCAUUUCUUUAUUUGAACUCUAAAGGACAGGGUUUUAACAAUACCCCAUUGUUUUCCAGCUGUGAUGGAUAAUUUGAUUGUUAUUAUUACAUAAAUUUAAAACGUGUGAAGGGGAAAAAAAAUCAAUCAAUGGUUGCUUUAUCAUAACUUGAAAUACAUUUAUUACAUGCUCAAAUUCUGCAGACAAAAUGUUUGGCUUAAAAUAUCAUUACAAAAAUCAUGAACUAUGUAACACAGGCAUGUAUUUCUUUAUAUAUUUCAUGGGGGUGGGUCUCGGGGGGGGGGGUGUGUGCAUAUAUUUGCAAUGUCAGUGAAGCGGUUUACAUUGUGAAGUAACUAUUAUCAGUGGGGAUUGUCUUAAAUUUUAGUGUACCUAAACGUGUUUUUAUUAAAAUAGUUUAGUGCCCACAGAAUAAUAAUAAACAUAUUUUUGAAAAAAA